AUGUGGAGAAACGUCAUCGCCGACGUGGCUGCCCCGGCCCCCAACCCCUCGCUAUCAGUGAGCUACGAGAACAAAGCUUACCCCAAGGGUCGCGAGUCUUCUUAUCCGGAAGCAAAUACAAUCGUUCUAUCAGUCUUCGGUUCUCUCAUAUAUUGUAGAUCGAGACCUGGACUGCUCAUCAUGGCUGGCCCAACGGAAACGCCGAACAAACGACAGUCGUACAGUGGCGGCGCCGAGUCGCCCACGACAGUUCGACCUUUCGAGAUGGAUGACGACGAUGUACAGGACUCUGGCGUGCUCUCCCCUGAUGGCAACACUACCUCCAUCAGCGCGGCAACCGCCACGAAUACAGCUGCGAACACCUCCACCGUCGCAACACCUCCAGCGCCGACCGUCACAGACGAGGAAGAGCCGGCUCCAGCGAAGCCUCCGAGGCCAAUGACCGAAGCGCAAAAGAACCAACAAACUCUCAAGGAAGCCUUCCCCAGUAUUGAUAUGGGCGUUAUCAAGGCUGUCUUGUCUGCAAGUGGCGGGCGCGUGGAACCAGCUUUCAACGCCUUGCUUGAGAUGACCGACCCUGAUGCAGUCACAAGGGAACCCCCAGAGGAGGCGGCAGCGGCGCCCCCUCCACAGCCCCCUCGUCCUCAGGGCGGACGGCAGAUAUCCCAGCUGGAGGCCGAUGAACUAUACGCACGGCAACUGGCUGACCACUUCGACAACGUUGGUGCUUACGAAAACCGCACUUCCAGUCGCAGCAGACAACAGCGCCAGGAACGCGGGAGCGAGGAGGACAAGGAGUACAGUUUCAUAGAGGACGACCUACCCCAGAUCCGCGAUAACCUGCGCCAGGGGUUCUUCGAAACGCAGACCAAGGUCAACAGCUGGAUUACUACGAUGAAGAAGCGUCUGGAAGAGCAGUUUGACGAGUCUGACGAUCAACCUCAGCGUCCAGGCCACCGCACAGGGGAAUCAAGCCGUAGGAGCGGUGACUAUGACGCGGAUCCCCAGGUCCUCAGCGAUGAUUUCGCAGGCAUGCGCUUCACUCAGGAUGGUAGUAAGCAAUGUCAAGAUAGAGCCAGCACGAGACAAGGAGCUAACAUGGCAGCACCCGCCAACCGAUCUCAGAGCAACAUUUACCGUCCACCAUCUCACUCACCUCGCCCGACGUCCAAGUCGCCCCGUCCGAAUGAUGGCCGUAGAGUGGGAUUCAAGGAAGAGACGGAAGAGAUCAGCAUGUACGACACGUCACCCAAGGUGCCGCCAAAGGACAACCCGCCUGUCAAGGCAAGCAAAUGGCAGCCAUUGUCAACAGUUGAGCCGAGCCCGAUUGGUGACAACGACCCCUUCAGCUUGGGAGACAGCGAGGACGAGAAGGAUGCCAAGGACACUGCUAAAGACAAGACAAAGGAUAAGAACGACGAAGACAAUGAACGUCUGAAGAAGGCAGCUGCAGAAGCCAUGGCGGAUGAUCUGGUUGCCCCUGGGAGGGAGGGAGGAAGUUCCAAGAAAUAA